AGGGAGCGCCAGCGUAACCGCAGGGAAUCUUUAGGGAAUUUUUCGUGGCGCCAACGCGAAGCAUAAAAUUUACAUAGCUUGAAUACAAACAUAAUUGACACUAAGUUUCUAUAUUAUGAUAUGUAAAUAAAUUUUUAAGCUUUAAACAUAAUGUCGUCAGUAUUAUGGGCAUGUCUGGUUUUUUUUAAACCGUAGGGCAACGAGUUGCCGUAGGGGCACAUUGGUUAGGGAAUUUUACGACCUAAAAAAUGGCGACUUCCAUUUUGUGGUGAUGGCCGCGGACACUGGCAAAGAGCCGGGAACAGUUUAACAUUUAACGCCUUUCAACGUAAUCGAGCGAACGCCAUGUUUAUUCCAGGAGAAAAAACCAAGGACUCCGACAACGGAGCACCUAAAGCCGAAACGCGUACUGACUCGGGCUUUCAGUACUACCCCGAGCGACGGGGCGGCAAGAUGCAAGAGAGUUUGCUCAAAGUAGCCGUUCUCGGGGAAGGCAGAGACUCCGUGGAUCACUUCUGGUGCGAAAGAAACGUCCAGAAAUGCUUCGAAAACAGUCCCCUGGUCAAGCUGAUGUUAAGUGCAUUGAAGAGUGCAGGAUGCGAGGUGAACAUUCGCCGCAACGUUUGCUGCGAACCGUGCGACAAGGCCGUGACCGGUGGCUACGACCCUGAGCUCAACCAAGUGGUGGUGUGCCAGAACAGCGCCAGGAGGAGAGGCAUGGUGCAAGGAAUCUUGGCCCACGAGCUGCUGCACAUGUUUGAUCAGUGCCGUGCAAAGAUGGACCUCAAGAACAUCGACCACCUGGCAUGCACGGAGAUACGAGCGGCAAACCUGUUCCACUGUUCGUUUAUGAGUGCCUUCCUGGAAGGAUCUGCUUCGCCUUUCAACAUAGCAAAGACUCACGGGGAGUGUGUCAAGAGAAAAGCUGUGCAGUCCGUGAUUGCAGUGAGGGGCAUCACGGAGCAAGAAGCCAGAGCAGCAGUCGACAAGGUCUUUGCCAAGUGCUACAAUGACUUGGAGCCCGUUGGAAGACGGCUGAGGAGGAACUCUUUAGACAUGGAAAGGGCAUAUAGAGAGAGGUACCAUUAUGGCUAUUGCGAAUAAAAUAGAUGUGAAGUCAGAAAGUGUGCCCUAAGGCAGUGGGACAGAUCCUCUAGCUGAGCUGUAGAUUUCCUCAAAUAAAUAUUUCAUAAACAUUGUUGCAAA